UUCGCUGAGGAUGAUCAUUGAUGGUGACUGUGCUUGAAGACACUGAAGGUUUGACUUGGGGAAAUCCUCAAACUCGCUUGCUUCACACACUUUAUCGAACGUGGGUUGAACUGUUCUCUCGACCUACCUGAAGCCACAUUGAGCACUUCUCUACAGCCAUGCUCAUCGUCAAAACAUUCCACGACGUGCCUAGCAAACUCGACAACGGGCGUCCAAUCCGUAUCUUUGUGGUCUCUCCUGUUGUUCCAAAUUACCCACAAGCAAAGUUUCCCGGUGUGGUGUGCUUCAGUGAAAUCUAUCAAGUGACAGGGCCAGUGGAAAGGUUCGCUGGUCAGAUCGCGAGCCAGGGAUAUGUGGUCGCUUGCCCAUCAAGCUAUCAUGAAUUUGAGGGACCAGAGGCCAUUCCGUACGAUACGGAAGGAACUGAUAGGGGGAACAGGUAUAAGAUCGAGAAAGACGUAACUGCGUACGACGAGGAUGCUACGCUCUCCGUCGAUCUUCUGGUUUCUUUGUCAAACUGCAACGGUCGCAUUGCAGCGACAGGAAUGUGCUUAGGAGGGCAUUUGGCAUUUCGGGCUGCUUUUGAUCCCCGUGUACUAUCCUCGGUCUGCUUCUUUGCGACUGAUGUUCACAGUGCAACCCUUGGCAAAGGCAAAAAUGACAACUCUCUUGCGCGUGUUCUCAAGGGGGAUAUGACAGGCAAAGGUGAACUCGUGAUGAUCUUCGGGAAACAGGACACGCAUGUCCCUCGCGAAGGUCGUGAUCUCAUCCGCAAGACUCUUGAGGAUGCUAGGGUGCCCUGCUCUUUUCUGGAAGUGCAGGCGCAACACGCGUUCAUCAGAGAUGAAUCUUCCAAAGGUCGAUGGGAUGCUGCCCUCACGCGGUCCUUAUUUACAUUCAUGAUGGAGGUGUUUGACCGAACCGUCGGGAGAGAUCUUGGGCCCAAAGUCGACAAAGGAGAGCAAGUCGAGCACGUAUGCUAGAUCCGCGAUAAAUAUCGUAGGCAAUGUUAAUGAGAUAUGAAUUCAACGAAGAACCCGUCAGAUUCUGGGAAGUUUCGAUACACGUUGAUUGCGAUGGAAGAGGGGACCCAUGAUGGAUAAAAAUAUUGAUACAAUUAAGU